UGGACGCCAUAUUGGUUUUGUCUGCGUGUGGUGGGGACAUAAUUUCUUGAAAACAAAGUGAUUUUAUGUUAGAAAGAUGUAUUUCAGGAAAAAAGCUGAAGUUAGGUAUCAAGAAGAAUAUCUGAAGUAUUGAAAAAAAAUAUUUAGAUUCUGCUGUGGAGUGGUGAGGGGAAUACAGUCUAGAGAGGUGAGGUACAGUGAAGAGAUUUGUCUAGGGGAGAUAACACAGUGUUGCGCACAUCCCUAGUUUAUUUGGUUUAUAUUGCCCAGUUCAUUGUGUGAGAUUCAGAGAAUGAACAUGGGGCAAAAAGUAUCAGGUGGAAUUAAGACCGUCACCUCAAGAGAACCGAGUCAUUGUAAAGGGAUCAAUCGUGAAAUAGCAUACAAUCCAGAUUACCAAAAACCAGCGAGACUAGAUAUGUUGCUAGACAUGCCACCAGUUUCAAAAGAACAACAAAGUGAACACGGAUGGAAUGCGGAUGAUAGAUCGUUAAAUAUAUUUGUGAAAGACGACGAUAAAAUGACAUUUCACAGACAUCCUGUAGCUCAAAGUACUGACUGUAUAAGGGGUAAAGUAGGUUACACACGUGGAUUACAUGUGUGGGAAAUAAACUGGAGUACACGGCAACGUGGCACACAUGCGGUGGUUGGUGUAGCGACAAUAGACGCUCCCUUACAUUGUGUUGGAUAUCAAUCUCUAGUCGGCAGUAAUAGUGAUUCAUGGGGGUGGGAUCUUGGGCGAAACAAAUUGUACCAUGAUGUAAAAAACUUUCCGGGUGUCACAUACCCAACAUUACUGAACUCUGAUGAGAACUUUGUAGUACCAGACAGUUUUCUUGUUGUAUUAGAUAUGGAUGAAGGUACAUUGAGUUUUGUUGUAGAUGGACAAUACUUAGGUGUGGCAUUUAGAGGAAUGAAAGGCAAAAAGCUCUACCCUAUAGUUAGUGCAGUAUGGGGACAUUGUGAAAUCACCAUGAGAUAUAUAGGGGGUCUUGAUCCUGAACCUCUACCUCUGACAGAUAUUUGCCGUCGUGUUAUACGUCAGCAUCUUGGUAAGAAUCGUCUCCAGGAAAUUCAUCGUUUACCAUUGCCAACUUCAGUAAAAAAUUACCUGUUAUAUCAAUCCUAGUGAAUCAUUGCGCCUCGGAGUGUGUGAUCAUCCUUCAUCAAGUCUAUAUAGGAACAGUCUUCAUCCCGCCCAGUGAUACAAUACGCCUUCGCAUCAUAGUUUUAUACGUUACUGCUUGAUUCACAUGUUUUGUAACUGACAACAUUUUUUUCCAUGAAUUUUUCUUGUUGUUUAUCGUUAAAUUUUUUAAUGAGAUACUUUACACCUGACAUUCUAUAAAAGUUUGCAAUAAUUUUUAUUGAGGAUUUUACCAAAAACAAGGAAAGAAUUCAUUAGAAAUUUAAAUUAAGAUCAAAUUACGUAACAAAAGGUGUGACUCAGACAGUUACAUUUUGUAUCUGAAAGAUGGUUGGUUGGUACUGAAGAACAGAAUGAUACACAGUUUCUGUAUUUCAUCUAAAGUUCAGCCAGUCUGAGAACUUUACAUAAAAUUUUAUGAUAUUGCAUAAAAGAGAAAAAAGCCAGUUUUGACCAAUUAUGACGAGAUUUUUACGAGUAUUUUACUUUUCUAUAUGCUAUAUUUUUGUCUUUAGUAACUUUAAACUGCUCAGACGUGCACUUUUAAUUGAAACUUCAUUUUUAAGGUGACUCCGACAGACUAUCUUUACGGAGUACUUUUUCUUCUAUUAGAGGCCGAAAGUGUUAGAAUUUUAUUUUGUACAGUAGACAGAUUUUUGAAUGUUUUAUUACUUAACUAAUUUACAGAAAAGUUCUUAAAGAGUUUUUUUUUUUUUUUAAAUGUUUUUACAAUGUAUCCGAAUUUAGUAAUGUUUUACAUGUUAGAAAUUCCAGUCAGAAAGUAAGGAUAUACUUUUGCCGAAAAUUUUCUUCGCAUCUAAUGUCAAAGGGAGAUAAUUACCAUUAUUAAACUAUUUGAAAUUAUCUGCAGACUACAUAAAAUAAUUGCAUACCAGUACAUGUGAAAAAGUUGCUGUUAGAAUCUGAAACCUCAUUGAUUUAGUGUAGCUCAUAGAAUAAGAUGUUUGAAAUUUAACCUGUUCCUUAAUUAAGAUUGAUCAAAUUUCAAGAAAACAAUAUAAAAAAUGAUACACCUUGUUAUCAUAUUCUCAUAUAUGGAUGUUAAAUCAUGGUUAAAUCAAAUGUCAGAAGUGAAUAAGAGGUCAAGAUUGUGUAAAAAAAAGGUAUAGAAUAGAAUGAAGAAAGCAGUUGCAGAAAUAAAAGAGAAAAUGUCAAGAUAAAAGAAUGUUAAUAACGAGUUCAUCCCAUCUAGAAUGUCAGUUGAUACAAGGUGAAGGUCAGACAAAAACGUGUUAAUUUGUUACCUUGUAUCUAUAGAUUUUGUAUUCAAAAUGAUCAUGCUUUUAUGUAAGAAAGAAAAUUAGAUUUUGUAUUCAAAAUGAUCAUGCUUUUAUGUAAGAAAGAAAAUUAGAUUUUGUAUUCAAAAUGAUCAGGCUCAGGGCUUUUUCUGGCCAUUUUGGGAAAAAGGCCCCUGUGCUUUUUGGGAAUUUUCGACUCGCGAAUACUGUCAUAUUGGGAAAUAUAUGUAUCCAAAUUAGGAAAGUAUUUCCAUGAAAAUCAGUCUUUUUUUUUUCCUUGCGUAUAUUUCUGUGAUUUCUACUGCUAAUAUUCAUAAAAGGAAACUGCUUUAUAUUCAAAUUCAGGCUGAAAAUUCAAUAAAAUCUACAAUACAAUGGUUGCACCACUAUAAUUUGCAACAAAAUAGGUCUUUAAAAAAAAAAAAAAAAAAAUUUUUUUUUUUUUUGCUUUGAUUUGCAAUUUUUGAACAGCUAUUGGGAAAAAAUAUGCAUAUUUGCCGUUGGGAAUGGGGCCGAAUUUCGGCCCCGUGGGACACGCUGAAAAAGCCCUGAGGCUUUUAUGUAAGAAAGAAAUUUUUUCUGUUCAAACCAGAUUUACUUUCACCUACUGGAAAUAACUGUUUAUGUCUACAGUUAAUUUUGUGGUGGUUCAGAAUAGUUCAAGCUUUUAUGGUACUUAUUAGCAGAAAAUAUUUACUGUAAACGAUUUGACCUUGCAGUCUGUAAUUACGAAGUUUGUACAUCAUAAAUCUUCCCUAGACAGAAAUUGCCUGCAGACUAACAGUGAAUUUAUCUCCCUGAAACUGUAUUGUGUGAUUUGGUACUGAAACUUCUAAUUUUGUUUUAUAUACAUUUUGUUAUUAAGUGAAGUAAUAGGAGCCUAUUUAUGGUUUUAUAGUAAGAACACAGGUUUUAAAGUUUGUUGUCAGUUGAAACCGUUGAUAGUCUCAAUUUUAAAAUCUUUUAUACUCUUAUAUAGACUUUCAUAAUGCAGGGUUUGAUUUUAGCUCACCUGAGCACAAAGUGCACAAGGUAAGCUAUUGUGAUCACCAUGUGUUCGUCAUUGUGCGUUGUCUGUCAUCAGCAGUUUGACUGUUAACAUGUAUAGAGGUCACAACCUUAACAAAACUUGGUCAGAAUGUUACCCUGAAUAUAGUCUCUGAAAUAUUUGUUACUGGGUCAGUUUGGUUCAAAACAUAGGUCACUGGGUCAAAUCAUAUAAAAGCAUUGUUAACACUUUAGAGGCCACAUUUUCUAUUUCAUUCUCAUAAAUUUUUGUAAGAAUGUUUGUCUCUAUAAAAUCUAUGUCAGUUUCAAAUCUGGUUUACGCGAGGAAAAAAAACUAGGUCAUGAGGUCAAAUCAUAGAAAAGCCGCAUUAACACUUGAGAGACCACAUUUUCCAUUUGACCUUCAUACAUAAUUGUCAGAAUGUUUGAAUUGUAGGUCAGAUUUAAAACUGGGUUACCUGAGGUCUAAAACUAGGUCACUAGGUCAAAUCCUAGAAAAUCUGGUUGAAAUUCAAGGGGGCACAUUUUCUUCUUGAUCUUCAUAAAACUUUGAUGAAUGUUUGUCUCUAUGAAAUUAAAGUCCGGCUCAAAAGAUGGUUAUAAAUCAGAGAUCUUAAACUAGGUCACUAGGUCAAAUCGUCGAGAAACCUUGUUUACAGUGUAGAGGUCACAUUUUCCAUUUGACCUUUAUAAAUACUGGUUAGAAUGUUUGUCUCAGCGAUAUCAAUGUCAAGUUGAAAAGUGAAUGCCUUGCAUUACAAACUAGGUCACUAGUUAAAAUCUUAAGACAAACCUUUUUAACACUCUAUAGAGGCCACAUUUUCCACUUGAUCUUCAUGAUACUUGGUCAGAAUGUUUACCUGUUUACACUAUAGGAUAAUUAUAUAACUUGGUCACUUUGAACAAAAAAGAGGUAAAAUCAUUGAAAAAGAACUUGGUUAAUGAUCUGCCUGAUUUACAUCAAAUACAAUGUUGGGCGGUUAAAACCACCCCCGGUUUUAACCAGCGGUUUUAACCGGUUAAAACCGCCCCGGUCAAUACUCCCUGAAGUGGUCAAUACCGGUCAAUACUGGUCGAUUGGUCAAUACUGGUCAGUUAGUCAAUACUGACUGUUAAGAUAUUUUGCAAAGUUUAUGAUCAAUUAAAUAAUGACUCUUUAAGAACAUCUGGGGCUUGAUUAUUGUAAAUGCAGGCAUUAGUAGUUAGUUAAAGCAACCAAAUCAAUACUCCCAAAUUGGUCAGAAGUGGUUGAUUGGUCAAUACUGAUUGAUACUGGUUAUUAAACAUUUUCUGUUAGAUUAGAUUACAAAGAUAUAUAGUUUUGCUGAACUUCAUUUGUAAAAAGUAAUUCAUAAACUGUAGCAGUAAGUGUUUGAUUCAUAAGUGAUAAAUCUAAUGAUUUUUUAUAUUGGUAUACAUAAUUUAAUGAAAAACUGCUGCAAAACACCUGGACCCUUUCAUGGAAGUGGUUUAAUUGUGUUUUGAUAGCAAUUGUCACAUUGCCUAAUUGACAACAUGUCUUACAAUAUACAAUAGAUGUUGCAGACCUGUCUAUCUAGUCACUAAAUAGUUGUCAAGAUCAAUAAUCCCACUGUAUUAUUGAGAUGCUUGAACAUGGUAAAAAUUAAAUAAGUCAUGCAAUCAAAGUAUUCAACUAACCAAUAUUGACCACUAUAUGUAUUAAUCAGGGAUAUUGAGUAGGACCAAAAUUUGAAUUGACCAGUACUGUCCGUUUCAAUGAGUGUAAUUUAUAUUAAUAAAAUCUUUAAUUAAUUUAAAAUAAAGGCUACUGUAAGAAGAUAAAAGCAUUGAAUAAACUAGUAUUGACCACUGUCCACUCUAAGUAUAUUGUUCAAAACUGAGCCUGACCAGGACACAUUGCCACAGACCAAAACUGAAUCGACCAGUAUUGACCACUAUACUUUUUAAUGAACAAAAUUUUAUAUUAUUCAAAUUGCUUUAUUAUUUUUAUAAAGCAUUCUUUUUGACUCUAUUAUUUCAGCCUGUGCCAAUCUGUGAAUGUGCAUUAUGUAAAAGUGUUGAAUAAACCAGUAUUGACCACCCAAGAGUGACCAAAGUACUGAAUCGACCAGUAUUGACCGGUAUUGACCAGUAUUGACCGGUUUUAACCAGUAUUGACCGCCGGCCCGGUCAAUACUCAUAUUGACCGGCUUUUUGCCAACAUUGAUCAAAUAUGGUCAUAAUGUUUGUCUCUAUGAAAUCUACUUUAACUGAUAUCACAGAAAUGUUUCUUUGGUGACCCUGUACCAAGUUUGUUCAAAGUAUUCCAGUUUGUAAAACACAUGGCCACAAGAGAUGGUAGUCUCUUAUACAUAUAUGUAUACAGUAUUUCCUAUAUGCAUAUAAUGGACACUUUGAAAAAAAUGUUUUAGAAAACACUGGCCCAUUUUCAAAAUAUUAUCACAUACAUUUUCCAUGGGUGACCCUCUACCAAAAUUGUUCACUCAGGUGAUUGAUCUAGGGCCAUCAUGGCUCUCUUGUUAAGUAAUUCAGGUCCUAUUUAUAUUUUAUAACAAUGAAUUUUUAUCAUAGUUUUUAUUAGGAUGGAAAAAAAUCUUUUGUAAGUUGCAGUUGAUCUGUACACUUUUUGUUUGAUUUCGAAUAUUUUAGAACAUUUUUAUACAGUUACUUAAUACGGACAUUUUGUCUGUACGUUUGACAAAAAAUUGUUUUAACUGAGCUAACGUUUGCAACUUUUGAAACUUGUGGAAUUUUAGACAGUCAGGAAUUCUGACUUUAUAUCAGAAAUAGUCCUGUAAAUUCUUCAGGUUAUAUAAUAAGAAAAUAAUUUGUGGGACUAAGCUGACUGAAUAUGUAAUAUGUAUGCUAUGAUAAUUAAAAGCCAAGUCUACUUUUUCCAGACACAAUGAAAAGUUUAAAGAAUUAGUGUGUAGACUGGCUUGUUGAAAAAAAUGCGUAAUUUGUAAUGAUUAAAGCGACUAUUCAGUGACAAUGACUGUGUUUCACUAUUCUUGUUCUAUCUUGGUUCAGUUUUUGUCUUUAGCCUCGUUCAUUUGUAUGGAAUUCAAGUAUUUCUAUAGCAAAGAUACAAUUUAGUAAAUUAUUAGGUAUAUAAAUGAUAAAUAGCAGAGCUGAGUAUACUUUUUGUACCGAAAAGUUAGAAGAUGUAGUGAUGAUCAGAUUUGAUCAUUUUUACAGUUCAAUCAUUAGAUUGUGAAAUGUUCUCAAAAAUUAAAACAGAUGCUUUUGUCUAAAGAUGCAUGCAUUUUUAUAUGAGUGAGAAAAACAUUGUCUUUCAUUAGAUGGUCUAAAUAAGUAAUAGCAUACAACUUGUGACCUCCGUUUUAAUUCAUCGGCAUUUUUGUGUAAUACAUAUUUUACAUCUUGUUCUAAGAUAAUGGAAAAGUAUACUGUUGGCCUUAAAUCUUGCUUGAAGACUGUCAUACAUUUAAACAUAGAUCUAUCAUCACUUUUUAUCAAUAAUGCCGAAACCAGUCUUGUGCUGUUGCUGUAUAUUUGUUUAUAUAUAUGAGCCGCGCCGUGACAAAACCAACAUAGUGGCUUUGUGACCAGCAUGGAUCCAGACAAGCCUGCGCAUCCACGCAGUCUGGUCAGGAUCCAUGCUGUUCGCUUUCAAAGCCUAUUGCAAUUAGAGAAACCGUUAGCGAACAGCAUGGAUCCUGACCAGACUGCGCGGAUGCGCAGGCUGGUCUGGAUCCAUGCUGGUCGCAAACCCACUAUGUUGGUUUUCCCAUGGCACGGCUCAAUAUAUAGAAUUCACUUUAAGUGUAUGAUGUGCGGACAUUAAAUAGCAUUUCCUUAAUUGCUUAAAACUUGUGUAUAUAAAAUGUCUAUUGUGUUUGAACCUAGAGAUAUUCUUUGUGCAAUAUUUAUAUGAGUGUAAGAGUCUAAGACUGAAGAGAUAGGUGCUUUAUAUUGAAUUAAUUUGGAAAUUCCUAACUUGCGAUUUUACCCACUAAAAGUUAAGUUUGUAUUAUAUGUUGUUUUCAGUCAAUAAUAAAAUGGUGAAAUAUAUCUGGUAUAGAUAUAUAUUUUUUACAGGUUUUGAACUGCAAGAUUUGGUUAAAACUGUUUAACUUGAAAGGUUAUGAUAUCCUUGAAUCGUGAAUACUAUAUCUUACAUUUUCACUUGACUAUACUACUCAUAAAAAAUGUUGCAUCUACCUGGUGUAGAUGUUUUGAUCUUACGCAGAAACAAACUUGUCAUUUCGACUUUGGUGAGACAAAUGCACCAAUAUUCAUGGACAGAAGCUUAAAACGCGAUAGCAGAAAUUCUUCGGGCUGCAGGGAUAUGAUGAAAUAAUUGUUCAGAUUGUCUCAUUGUUUGGUAAAAUAUCUACAGUCAGUUGCCACUUUAAGCCUCAUUGUAGCUUUGCCACUGAAAUUAAAGAGUAUUAAAACAUUUUCUCUAGCUUCAUAUGUUACAAUAGAUGUAGCCAGACAAUAAAAGCUAGAUAUUUCAAGGGCAUCAUAGAGGAUUAUAUACUUGUUCAUGUUUCACUUUCAUUUAGUGCAAUAAAGAUGUCUGAGAAAAGUUCUGGACAGGAUUUAGAACUGUUUGCAUUUAAUUCAAAUAAUGAUACUUUAUAUUAAGGCCCACAUGGUAUAUGGGAAAACCCAAUGUGUAGCCUCUAGAAUUAAAGUUCUUUCUUACUUACUAUAAAUUGAAAGUGCUGAAUUUAGGAAUCUUGCUGCAACAUGUAAUGAAAGUAACAAGUUAGGAAUUUCCAAUUUUGAAUUAUAAAUAGACUUUGCAAAUAUUUUUCAUUUGAUUAUUUAUUAAUUGCUUAACCAGUGUAAUUGUCCGCUUAUUUACAUUUUAAGGAUAUAAACAUGAAAUAAUUGUUUUCUAUUGCUCAUGUUUCUUGAGUCAGUAGAGAUGAGCCCUAUGUGGUCCUGGGACAAUUUGUGUAUGAAAGGAUCACUGUCUUACCCUUGCAUGAUUGUAAGAGGCAGCUUACAGAGUCUGAACACUUGGUUUUGCUGUAUCUCUGUGAUUCCAGCAAGUUUUAAAAGUUUUGAUGUAAAUGAAUUGUGAAACCAAAAGUUUUGGCGCCAUAUAACCUGUACUGUGUUGGUGCACCGUAAAACCCAAAUCAGUAGGGAUAGACAUGUGCAGCAUGUCAUUCUUUGUUUUAAUAAACUUUUUCAAAACUCCGCAAGUUUUCACAGUUAAGCUUUUCACAUUCAAAAUGUUCUUGUUUAAACUAGAUUUGAAGUUUAAAACAUACAGAUUUACCUUUGUACGUGUUGUGAGCAACUCUGUUAAAUUUUUCAGGCAGGUUCAUGCUAACCCUUAGUAUUACAAUUUUUUUUUACAUCUUACAUAUCUUUAAAUCUCAGUGUCUCUAGCCUUCCUUUUAGGUAUUAAAAAGAAGUAGAGAAAUAAACAGCAUUGUCCUACAUUACACUUAACCCAAUUAAAACAAAACUUUUGUUUCUUUCCACUGGUAAGCUAGUGUUUUUAAAGAACAUAGCAAAUUUUAUGCAAAAGUUAAGCAUACUGUAAUAAAAUCAGAUGAAAGAUGUUUGCAGGUGUCGUAUAUUGAAUGAGUUUCCUUUUUUACGAGUUCUGUGAAUUCAAGCUUUGAUAUACUUGAUAAAUGUGCAUGUGUGAGCAUGCUUGGAUGUGUGUUUGUUACAUAACUAGUGUCUAUCAUACUUGUAAUUCUGCUGUCUAGUUUUAUCUCACCUGAGCACAAAGUGCUUCACGGUGAGCUGUUGUGAUCACUCUGCUUCCUUUGUUCAGUCACACUUCUUCAAACUACCUCUCCUCUGAAACCAUUUGGUGGCAUUGAUGAGACUUUGCUGGGAUGUUCCUUGGAUGACCUUCACAGAAUUUUAUUCCAUGUAGAACUCUAGUUGCCAUGGAAGCCCGGAACCGAGAUAUCUGAUAUGUAGCAUUUUGUAAUGGUACUCUACGAAGUUUGUUCAAAUCAUUCCCGUGGGGUCAAAAUUGGCCCUUACAUUGGUUUCAUUUGUUUACAUAAACUUUAAUGUGAAGGGCAUUAAAAAUCUUUUUUUCUAAAACCAUAAUGCUCUGAGCUUAGAUAUUUGGCUGGUGGCAUAGUGUAGUAGUCCUCUAUCAAACUUGAUCAAAUCAAACCCCUUGGAUCAAAAUAUGUCCUGCCCUGGGGUUAUCUUGUUUUAUAUAGACUUGUAUAGGAAGUACUUUUGAAUGGUAAUGCCCUGUGCUUAGAUAUUUCACAUGUAGUUUUGUGUUGUGCUCCUUUAGCAAAUUCUUUCAAUUCAUGCCCCUGGGAUCAAAUGUGGCCCCAUCCAUGGAGGUCACUUGUUUUACUCUGAAUGUAGGAAAAACUUUGAUAUUGCAAAUAUGAUUAUCUUUUGCAUACUGUUAUAUGUUAGAAUGCAUGAAAUCAUGAACAUUAGCCUCUCGUAUAUCAGAUGUUAAAACCACCAACUUGACUAUUAGCAGCAUGUACCCAUUUGAGCCAGGUGAGCGAUAUAGGGCCAUUAUGGCCUUCUUGUAUAGCCCUGUAUUUUGUAUAAAAUGAACUGUGCUACACAGGGCCAUGUAAGGUUUGGAUAUAGUUAAUUCCGAGGCAACAAUUAAAUCACUUCAAUAAAUUGUACAUAGAUAAAAUUACUAGUCUGACAAUUUACUGUUAGUAGUCAAAUUGUUUAAUGUGGUAAAGUUUUUUUCUGUGGGCAUUUUUAUAUGCAUUGAUUGUGCUAAUAUGAUUUGACAUACAAUUGUAUAUAACUGAAUUCCAUUAAUAGCAAGGUAUUUUCAAAUUGCCCACUCAUGCUUGACAAAUAUGAUAUUAUUUGUAAGAAAAACUUUCUAGACAGUUUAUGAUAAAUUCAGGGAGGUAAGCCCUGAUUUAAAUUGUAAAACAGAAAAGUAAAACCUCACCAAUGCUUUCAUCAAUGAUUUUCAUCUAAAUCCAGAUUCAGCAAAGGAACAGAUAGCAUGAUUAAUGCUAAACAAGGCAUAUCAGAUACUGCUGGCAAUGUUAUUUGGUCAUAUUUUAUUUCAUCUUGUUAUAAGAUGGGUAAUUAAAGCCAAUUGAGUGUUGUUCAGAAAUCCGGCUCGUUCUGUAGCUGUUAAUUGGGUCAUACUCCAUGGAGAUAAGAACCUUUCCCACAGAAAUUCUCAGUUGUCUCAAUAAGAAUGUGGUCAAAAAGUCAAUCGUUAUUAUAGUGUUCAUUCUCUGCAAAGGUUAUUGCAAAAUUGAUAACAAAGAUAAUCAAAAAAACUGAAUGCAAAUGAUUGUAAAAGUACUUAGUAGUGAUAUAUGGUGGAUGAUUUUGAGCAAAAUGCUGCUGAAAUUACUAAAGCCAUUUAAUUUAUGGUCCAUUAUCCCAAAAUACUUGCAAAAACCCCGCAUGUAUUGCCAAAUGCAUAAGAUAGAAAGGCAGGGUGAUAUACACACUUUUUGGUUGCUUAGUGACACAUUUAAGAAUGGAUAUAAUUUUUCAUUUUUCAAUGCCAAAAUUGGAAGUAUUCAUUCAGGGUGUCCUUUAGUCAAAAACUGAAGAAUGCUUUCUGUCCCCUACCCCUCUACUCAAAUUGAGCUUUUUCAGUUUACCCAGCCUACAUGGGGCAUAUAUAUAUCAUUGAUGUUUGUAUCUCCAGAAAAUAAUGGAUGGGUGAAAAAGAGUUUUGUUACAUAUAAGGUAUCUAUACCUACUGGUGCAUCAUUUUAAGAUUUCAAAAUUCAGGAGUGAGAAUUUUAUUUUUUAGCAGUGGUUCAAACUUCAAUAUUUUUCUCUUUACUUUAGUUCCUUUUUUUUCUUGAUGGAUAUAUCUCAGAAAGAAUUCUUUUUAGAGUACAAGAAAAGAGUGUUUUGUAAUGCUGGAGUAAUUGUAUAUACUAUUAUAGUGAUUGGUACAUAUGAUGAAAUAUGUGUUAAAAAGAAUAAUUUAUUAUCACAUUUUUAACUAGCUUUUACAUGUGGUAUUGUACUAGAUGUUGUAGAUCAAUUAUUAUAUAGAUAUAUUGUAAUGCAUUUUGCUGGAAUGAUUUGCGCAGAAAUUGAUUGUGUUUAUUAUAAUACUUGAUUCAUGAUUUUCCCUUUACCCAGAAUUCUUGUAUAAAGCUGAGACUGAUUGAUCUACCUUGUCUUUAUCGCCAAAUCAAUUAUCAUAUUAAACAUUUUUUCGGAGCCUAUUUUAUCAGUGUUUUGAGUAGGAAACUUGGGCUUAAGAAUUCAAAAAGCUAAAUUUUCUUUUCUGUUUCUGUCAUGUUAAGUCAAGACUUGAUGGGGCUUUAAAGGAAUACAGUGCCAUUUUACUGGCUGAUUACAUAAACAUAUUACAAAGAUCUGAAUUUUUUUUAGCAAUUUUCUAUAUUGUAUUGUUCAAACUUUUAAUAGAAAAAAAAGGGAUAUUUGGCACUUCUAAGUUUUAAUUUUCAUAAAUAAAUUCCAUGAAGUUGGUGUAUAUGGAUCCAAGGCUUAGCCUUGACAAUUUCCUUAUCACUGCAAAGUUUCAGCUUUAUUUUAACUUCUGUAUGAAAUGUUUCCUAGUUAAGGUUACAAGAAAUGCUGAAAUAUUCACUGCCUUGGUUCCUCUUACGUGUUGUUGUCGAAGUAUAGUGAUGCUUCUGUGCAAACUGUUAUCAAGCACAAAUUUGCUGUGCAUGUCGAGACAGAAAAAAAAGACACAUUUUGUUUAGAUAUUUCAGUCCAUGUUCUGAUACUGUCUGAUUCACAAUACUUUACCUGCUAUUGUUAAAGAUAUUUUUGUCUCAAAAGAUUACAGUGUUAUUUCAGAAAUAACUUUACUUUACGAAGAGUUUUUGUGCCCGCAUAAAAUUUUGGGUAGGGGUGGCACUUGAGUUGCUCAUGUCUGUCAGUCUGUCAGUCAGUCCGUAUGAAUUUGCGUUGUGCAUAUCUCAAAAAAGUAUUUCAGCUAGAGUCAUCAGACCCCACAGAAUUGUUAAUCAGCAUGUGAAGUGCAUCUGGUGUUUUAUUUGAAUUUCACACAGCCAGACCUAUUCGACAACAUCCGGAUUUGGUUAAGUUUUUGUGUGUAAGCUGGUGUCGCAUUAACCACAUGUAGGAAUGGAUUGAAACUUCACGCAUUUAUUCACUGUGAUGAACUUACUUACAUUGUACUGGUUCCAAAAAUAUGCAUAAACUGUAUAAAAGUUAUUGUGUCCCAUGUAUGAAGUUCAUUAUAUCGUGCUUAAAUAAAAAAUAUCAUAUUUACAUGACCGAAAUAAGUAUUGCAGACAAAUACUACUAACCAUAGUAUAAUUUAAUUUAUCUAUAAAAACAUUAUUACAGAAAAGAAAAACAGCAUUAAAUAACAAUAACUUAAGCGAUAGCACAAUUUUUAAAUGACAGACUUAACUAAGUAAUUACUUAAGUUUUUUUAGCUCACCUGUCACAAAGUGACAAGGUGAGCUUUUGUGAUCGUGCGGUGUCCGUCGUCCGUCCGUCCGUGCGUCCGUCCGUCCGUAAACUUUUGCUUGUGACCACUCUAGAGGUCACAUUUUUCAUGGGAUCUUUAUGAAAGUUGGUCAGAAUGUUCAUCUUGAUGAUAUCUAGGUCAAGUUCGAAACUGGGUCAUGUGCCAUCAAAAACUAGGUCAGUAGGUCUAAAAAUAGAAAAAACCUUGUGACCUCUCUAGAGGCCAUAUAUUUCACAAGAUCUUCAUGAAAAUUGGUCAGAAUGUUCACCUUGAUGAUAUCUAGGUCAAGUUUGAAACUGGGUCACGUGCGGUCAAAAACUAGGUCAGUAGGUCUAAAAAUAGAAAAAUCUUGUGACCUCUCUAGAGGCCAUAUAUUUCACAAGAUCUUCAUGAAAAUUGGUCAGAACGUUCACCUUGAUGAUAUCUAGGUCAAGUUCGAAACUGGGUCAUGUGCCUUCAAAAACUAGGUCAGUAGGUCAAAUAAUAGAAAAACCUUGUGACCUCUCUAAAGGCCGUAUUUUUCAUGGGAUCUGUAUGAAAGUUGGUCUGAAUGUUCAUCUUGAUGAUAUCUAGUUCAGAUUCGAAACUGGGUCACGUGCGAUCAAAAACUAGGUCAGUAGGUCUAAAAUAGAAAAACCUUGUGACCUCUCUAGAGGCCAUAUAUUUCAUGAGACCUUCAUGAAAAUUGGUCAGAAUGUUCAUCUUGAUGAUAUCUAGGUCAAGUUUGAAAGUGGGUCACGUGCCAUCAAAAACUAGGUCAGUAGGUCAAAUAAUAGAAAAACCUUGUGACCUCUCUAGAGGCCAUAUUUUUCAUGGGAACUGUAUGAAAAUUGGUCUGAAUGUUAAUCUUGAUGAUAUCUAGGUCAAGUUCGAAAGUGGGUCACGUGCCAUCAAAAAGUAGGUCAGUAGGUCAAAUAAUGAAAAAAUGUUGUGACCUCUCUAGAGGCCAUAUUUUUCAUGGGAUCUGUAUGAAAAUUGGUCUGAAUGUUUAUCUUGAUGAUAUCUAGGUCAAGUUUGAAACUGGGUCAACUGCGAUCAAAAACUAGGUCAGUAGGUCUUGAAAUAGAAAAACCUUGUGACCUCUCUAGAGGCCAUACCCUUGAAUGGAUCUGCAUGAAAAUUGGUCAGAAUGUUCACCUUGAUGAUAUCUAGGUCAGGUUUGAAACUGGGUCACGAGCCUUAAAAAACUAGGUCAAUAGGUCAAAUAAUAGAAAAACCUUGUGACCUCUCUAGAGACCAUAUUUUUCAAUGGAUCUUCAUGAAAAUUGGUCAGAAUUUUUAUCUUGAUAAUAUCUAGGUCAAGUUCAAAACUGGGUCACAUGAGCCCAAAAACUAGGUCACUAUGUCAAAUAAUAGAAAAAAGGGAGUCAUACUCAAAACUGGGUCAUGUGGGAAGAGGUGAGCGAUUCAGGACCAUCAUGGUCCUCUUGUCAUGAAAUUGGGGCCGGGUGUUCUGUGCGGGAUUUCACUCGGUCAAACCAGUUUUAUGGUCCUUGACUUAGUAAAAAAAAAAGCACACAAAGUGCUUAAGAGUUGUGUUGCAUAAAUCUUUAAAAUAUUCCACCUAGAGUCGUGAAACCAUGUUCAGGUAGAGGGGGCACCAAUGUCCUAUGGACACACAUAGAUCUAGUUUGUCAUAAAGAUGAAUUCAAUUUUAGAUAUUACUUUUAUUCAUUUUAAAAGAAAGUGAUUGAUUUAGUUCCUUUUUAGGGAUUGUUCUUAUUUUGAUUUUACACUGUGUUAGGAAUUUAUUUGACCAAACCCGAAGGAUUUUUUCUAUCAGUCUAUUUUAUAGCUUUGAUAUUUAUAGAAAUUAUAUGUAUGAUCUUGCCUUGUUUGAGAAUGUGCAUGUAUGAUAAUAACUGUAGUAUCGUAAAUAGAAAAUGUCAACAAUACUACUAACUUAAGUUCUUAAUUAAGUUCGUUAGUUUUUUUGUACUUAUAUGAUAUUGAACGUUUUAUAGAAUAUUGUCAUUAUUGAUGACAUGAAACGUUCUCAGUAUAUAUUGGCAUACAUACUUGAAAAUUAAAAUGUGUUAGUGCAAAAUUAAGAUUAGUUUUUCGUCUGACUUCAUGAACAUUUUGAUCAGAAAAAGACAUGUUCGCACAAAAAACUUUUUUGUCUUAAGUCUGUAACUAUGAUCAUGGUGAGAUAUAUUGAGAAUCUUUUCAUGGACUAAACUAGCAGUUAUGUUACCCCCAACAGUUUGCACAUGCCGCUUUGACUACAACUUUUCUCUCACACUCGAGAUCUUUUACGUGGUUGUAAUUGUAUAUGUGGUUGUUUCUUUCGAGAAUAAACCAUGGUUAAAUA